AUGGCGAGUCCUCCACCGACGCUGUCCGCAACAGUGACAGACCCUCUCCCUGCACCCUUACCGGCCGUUCCACGUCGCGUGCAAGAGCUCAAAAAUGGCUCUCGCAGAAAGCCGAAGACUCGCUCCAGAGAAACUACGUCCAAACAUCCCCGUCGCAGCCGUCAUUCUCGCUGGCGCGAAGAAAUCAUCUCCAACCUGGAAGAUGACGAAACCUUUAACAACCACCUCGCCAUCCUCAAGAUUGUUCGUCGCCUCCCCGAGCUUGGACUCCACGCGCCUCAGCUUGUCAGCAACAACCCCGUUGCUCGAACCUACACCGUUAAAUACCCGCCUCAUCAUUUAAUCCACUUCGAGGCAGAAGCCCGCUACUUGCACCUCUCCUACAGAGAGAUACAAGGCAUCAAAAGCCAGCUCUACCGAGCUGUCAAAGCAAUGUACACCAACGGGCUGAGAUAUAACAUCCACCCUCAUCGUCUUUAUAUGUACGGGUCUAGGACCUGGAACCUCAAUCCUCAGCUGUUUCUCGGAUCGGUGACUAGUUCCGAUUUUAUAGACACGGGACAGUUGGACUGGCAGGAGCAGAGAGGUCUUGUGUGCGCUCAAAUCGACCGCAUUUUCGCGUCCAUCGAAAUCUGGUCUUUCCAGGAAGAAGCUGCCCGUCUGACCAAAUAUGCUGGAAAAGAGAUGGAUCUGGCGACAUCUACGAUCAAUGAGAAGAAUCCCGUCAUUGACGCGGCUAAGGCAGACUUGACAGAGGCACAGGCUAUCAUGGCAGAAGCAUGUCAAAUAAUAAAGAAUGCCUGUGCUGCAAUGGAUAGAGUUCAGACCAUCUCCAAGGAGAUGUAUACCUCCGUUAUCAGGCCGCAAAUUGUCUGGGAUCGAGCACAUACCAGAAAGGAGGAUGCAGAAACCUGCCUGAAAAAGACACAGGUUCUCAACGACAGAGCAAACGCUCUCGCCCAGAAGUACGGCAGUCCAAAACCGUACGAUGGAGUAGGUGCAGGGGAUACCACCUCGCAUCCUGAACCCAAGCCGGAGGGCAAUGUGGAGAUGGAGAAUGGCAGUGCAUCUGCUAAUGAUGCCAAAGGAUUGGAGGAUCCACUACACAAGAUGGAGUUGCAACUGAUGGACUUAACCCGAGAGAAGACGGCAGCUUUUGGAACGUGA